UGGCGCAGUUGCCCCGCCACAAGCAGCGUCAUUCGGGAGACUUUGAAAGCGAAGCGACAAGAGCUGUGGACAUGGACGCGCAAUACCAACCAGGCUCCCACAUUCAACGAGUCUUCAUAGUCGCUGCUAGGGAGUUAAUGUCAUAUUCUAUCACACACAGUCGAGAGCAGACGAGAUGAACGUCCUCAAAUUGCAAAAAAAGUACCCUCAGUUCCAGCAGUCGGACAUAUAUGGCCUCACAGACGCUUUUCGAAAGCUCGACGUCGAUGACCGUGGCUACGUGGAUGAGGCGACGGUAAUCAAGUCCGCACAGAACAGCGAACGACAACCCUACGAUGUCGUGCGGCAGGCGCUGCGAGAGGUGGAGCUGGGCAGCUCACGGCAUGUAGAGCUAGAGGAUUACGUCGACCUCAUCUCGCGACUACGGCAAAGCAGUCCGGCUCAGCAACGCAUUAACACUGGCGCACAACGAUCACGCGGCCUCAGUAAUGCCGCAGACGGAGGUUCAGCAGCCACGCAGUCACCCUCACACGCUAGCAAAGGCAGCCAUGGUGGCGGGCGGAUCACUGUUGGCGGUGCGACGGGCAGCUCUCAGCAUACCAUCAACGAGGACGAGCGGACAGCCUUCACAUCGCACAUCAAUGCCGUGCUUGCCGGCGACCCGGACAUUGAUCAUCUCCUACCCUUUCCGCUGGACACUUUUGAGAUGUUUGAUCACUGCAAGGAUGGCCUGCUUCUCGCAAAACUCAUCAAUGACAGCGUGCCAGAUACCAUCGACGAGCGUGUGUUGAACCGGGUCGGCAAAAAGAUCAAGCAGCUGAACGCGUUCCACAUGACUGAGAACAACAACAUCGUCAUCGAGUCUGCGAAAGGCAUAGGCUGCAGCGUAGUCAACAUCGGGUCUGGCGACAUCAUCGAAGUGCGAGAGCACCUGAUUCUAGGCUUGAUCUGGCAGAUUAUCCGACGAGGGUUGCUUGGCAAAAUCGACAUCAAGCUGCAUCCGGAGUUGUACAGGUUGCUGGAGGACGGCGAGACGUUGGAACAAUUCUUGAGGCUGCCACCUGAGCAAAUCUUGUUGAGGUGGUUCAACUACCACUUGAAGAAUGCAGGCUGGCACAGAAAAGUUCAGAACUUCUCCGGAGACGUCAAGGACGGCGAAAAUUACACGGUCCUACUCAAUCAGCUCGCGCCAAACAUCUGCUCACGCUCGCCACUUCAGACAUCCGACCUCCACCAGCGGGCAGAACAAGUGCUGCAGAACUCCGACAAGCUAGACCCGCCUUGUCGGAAAUUCUUGACACCCAAGUCACUGGUUGCCGGCAACCCGAAGCUCAACCUCGCCUUCGUCGCUAACCUUUUCAACAACCACCCUGGUCUCGACCCGAUUACCGAAGAAGAGAAGGCCGAGAUUGAAGACUUCGAUGCAGAGGGCGAACGUGAAGCGCGUGUCUUUACCCUUUGGCUCAACUCCCUCGAGGUCAAGCCCACUGUCGUGUCAUUCUUCGAUGACCUCAAGGACGGCACGAUCCUACUCCAAGCGUACGAUAAGGUCAUUCCGGGCUCCGUGAAUUGGAAGCACGUUAACAAGCCUCCUGCGAAUGCCGUGAAGCCCGUAGGCCAGGACGAGGACGAAGCAUAUCUGACCAUCGGCUCUGGCAUGUCGCGGUUCAAGGCCAUGGAGAACACCAACUACGCGGUCGAGAUCGGCAAGCAGAACCGUUUCUCGCUUGUCGGCAUACAAGGCGCAGAUAUCACCGACGGCCAACGCACGCUCACGCUCGGCAUGGUGUGGCAGCUCAUGCGAAAAGACAUCACCAACACCCUCACUUCCCUCGCACAACGGAUGGGCAAGCGCGAGAUCACAGACUCAGAUAUGGUGCAAUGGGCCAAUGGCAUGUCCUCCAAGGGCGCGGGACAGAAGUCGCAGAUUCGCUCCUUCAAAGACGGUUCGCUCGCUACUGCCGUGCCGCUAUUAGAUGUGCUGUCUGGCAUGAAGAGCUCGUAUGUCGACUACGACCUUGUGGCGAGCGGGAGGACAGACGACGAAAAGUAUCAGAACGCUAAGCUCGCCAUCAGUAUCGCGCGCAAGAUGGGCGCCACGAUCUGGUUGGUGCCGGAAGACAUUACAAGUCUGAGGAGUAGGUUGAUCGUGACGUUUAUUGGAAGUUUGAUGGCGACGGCAGAAAAACUGCAAUGAGCAAGACAUCUUCUAUGAGACCAUGUCUUGUUGAGACGAUGCCAGUGUAUAAGCGUACGAAAGGCCUUAUUGCUCAUUACUAGCGUAAGACAUUAGCGCAUCAACUUGUCCUUGCAUCGCCUAACGGUCCUACCGCUGCACCUUUUGGCCCGACUGGCGCUAGACCGC